UUCUCUGGCAACAGGUCUGGUGGACAUUCCUGCAGUCAGCAUGCUAAUUGCACACUCCAUCAAAACUUCAGCCAUCUAACAGGGAUGUAAACAAAUUUGUGCACAACAUUUGAGAGAGAUACUAUUGUUGUGUGUAUUGGAAUGUUUCCAAUAUAUUUUAUUUCAGCUCAUGAAACAUGUGACCAACACUUCAAAUGUGUUUAUAUUUUUGUUCAGUAUAGUUUUCUUGUCUGUCUCAAUCUCUAGCAACAUCAAUACAUUUAACUGGUUUUCAUAUAGAGUACGGAUUUCAAUUCACUUGCUUACACAAGUCCUUCAGCCGGUGUCUUCUUGUCUCUAACUACAAUAGUCAUAAUUUUGGCCUCUAUGGUGACUCUUCCCCAUAGGGAACUUUUAUGAACUUCUGUUUGUACCACCGCACGGUAAUACAACGUACGAGUUGAACAUAUUGAACUCGCGGUACGCACCGCAGCCUAGUGCUGGAUCCCAAAUUUAGCGUUGCGGACUGCUCCAUUGACAAUGAAUGACUUCCGCCGGAACGCAGAGUUUGACACUUCUGGUGAAACUUAAGCGUUGACUUAACUCUGGAAGCAGCGACAAAUACAUCUCGGCUCAGCCAUGUAUGAUGAAUUUGUGCUGUAAAACCUGCGCCAAUAUUGCAAAUCACUACGGAAUCGCACUGAACAAACCCAGUUGAUAGACGUAUAUGUAUUUUUUUUAAGGAAGCUGGAUCGCUAACAAUGACUGUUACGUUAGCAACAAGCUAGCUAACGUUAUCUAUAUCCACAAGUACGUGUAGUCGUCAACGUUUUACACGGUUGGAUGUCACAACAGUAUGGUUGGUGACGGUGUCAUUUACUAGCUACUGCCAACCAGAAAAUCUAGCUAGCUAGCUAGCUGCUUAAUCUGUCGCGCAACCCGAACCGUUUUCUUCGAGAACUACGACAACGCUACCCCAGCACUGCCCAUCCAGGCAGUCAGUGUUAACAAAACAAGAGAUUGGAGCGAUGACGGCAACAUGUCUGGGAGAUAUCCUUUAGUCGAGAAAGCCCUCUCGGAGGGCUAUGCUCGGUUUAGGUUCAAGGACACGUCGCUGCUAAUUUGGCAACAGCAGCAAAUGGAGCUGGAACAGGGACCACCGAGUAACUACCUCAGUCGGAGUCAAAGUACGUGGUACAGUCAGUAUGGAAACCAGGCAGUCGUGGUACGGGACAAACGAACUGUCACAGUGGAUCCAAUUGCUGACGCUGGAAGUUCCAGAAUAUGUUUGAUUAUGUGACAGUUAUAGUGACACAUACAUUUAUUCAUAUGCCCUACGCUUCCAUAUUUGUAAACUGUUUGUGCAAAAAUAUAUGGUGCAGACUGAAGUUGAUUAUUUGUGUCCUGAAAGACGUCUGCCAUAACAUGUCAUGACCAUUCACUGGCCGACUAUGUGGUGGUCAAAGUAAGCCUGUGCAUGUACAUUGGGGUAUGGCAGUGUUAGCUAAGGCUUACAUUGGGGCAGCAGGUGUCCUAGUGGUUAGGGCGUUGGACAUGUACCCGAAAGGUUACAAGAUCGAAUCCCCGAGCUGACAAGGUAAAACACGUCUUUCUACCCCUGAACAAGGCAGUUAACUCACUGUUCCUAGGCCGUCAUUGAAAAUAAGAAUUUGACUUGCCUAGUUAAAUGUAAAACAUUUUAAAAAUAAUUUAUAGCAUUUUUGCAUUUCAAUGCAGUAUUGUCAAUAUAUGCGCUCGUCUCUCACAAACACUUGUAACAAGACAAUUGUUGCAACAGCAAGUGGAGGUUGAUUAUGUGCAUUGUCCUGUGAAAUAGAAGUCUGCACUUUCAA